UAUCAACCCUCAACAGAAGAAGAAGAAGAAGAAGAAGCAGAAGAAGAAGCAGCAGCAGCCGAUUCUCCCAGGACAAUAUUUGAAUGGAUUCUUCAAACUCAAAUUCUCCCCAAGCAAAUAGCACUAGUGGCACUUCUUCAAAAACUAGGGAGGAAGAAUUUAAUCCUCUGUGGAGAUAUGUAACUAAACUAGAGAAAACUGGAGAAGGAGGGGGUAAUUGUAAAUGGAUAUGCAAUUUUUGUGGACAAGAAAAGCAAGGGACUUAUACUAGAGUGGGAGCUCAUUUAUUGAAAAUCACUGGAAAAAGGAUUGGUGUGUGUAAAAAAGUGAUGAAUGAUAGUAUUUCUGAAAUGAGGAAACAGGAGGAUGAGGCAACAAACAAAAUUACCAAUUCACAAUCUAGGCGAGUUUCUUUGCCUAUUAGUAUAACUUCUGUUCCUUCAUUGAAUAUAACUGAACCAAGUAUUUCAGCAGCUUUGAAGAAAAGAAGAGUUAAUGAUUCUCCUCUUGGUAGAGCUUUUGACUUGCAAACUAGAGCUCAAUUAGAUGCAGAGAUUGCUAGAAUGUUCUACACUGGGGGUCUACCUUUUAAUUUUGCUAGAAAUCCUUAUUAUGUGAGUUCUUAUUCUUUUGCUGCUAAUCAUGUUUUGGGUGGUUAUGUGCCGCCUGGUUAUAACAAAUUGAGAACCACAUUACUUCAGCAAGAAAAAGCAAAUGUAGAGAGGUUGCUUGAACCAAUUAAAAGUACUUGGUUAGAAAAGGGUGUUAGUAUUGUGAGUGAUGGAUGGAGUGAUCCCCAUAGGAGGCCUUUGAUUAAUUUUAUGGUUGUUUCUGAGUCUGGCCCCAUGUUUAUCAAAUCAGAGAUUGUUACGUGA